CACGCUCCGCCAGCCCCAGCCCCAGCCCCGGGCUGCGUCUGGCGGCGCAGUGCGCACGCGCGCCCACAGCGCCCGCUCACCGCCGUCGCGCAGUUUGGCCCGGAAGCAGCCGGCGGCUCGGCCGGUCGGAGCCGCGCGCGGGUGUUGCCGUAGCGGCGGGGAGGAUGCGGCGCGCCGGGAUGGCUCGUGCGGAGUGAGGAAGAGCCCGACCCCCUUCCCCUCCCCCCCAGCUCGGCUCCGCUCUGGCUUCAGGCCCCUUCUCUCUGCGCUGCGCCGGGCGGAGGCGGCGCAAGGAGAAGCCCAUGGAGGGGAACCGGGACGAGGCCGAGAAAUGCAUCGAGAUCGCCCGGGAGGCGCUGGAGGCCGCCAACCGCGAGCGGGCGCUGCGCUUCCUCCACAAGGCCCAGAAGCUCUACCCGACCGAGACCGCCCGAGUUUUGUUGGAAGCAAUUAUGAAGAAUGGAAGUGCUGCUGGGAGUGGUCCAUACUGCCAAAAGCCAGCAAAUGGCAAUGAUCAAAGUAAACCCAGUAGUACAAAGGACAGCAAUGCGUCUGCUGCAGGUGAAAGUGGGAAAGGCUACACCAAAGAUCAAGUGGAAGGAGUACUCAGUCCUGUCAAGUGUGAGUAUGCAACUGUCUCUGGCAGCCCCAGAAGAGGAGUCUAAGAAACACAGAAAUGUUAUAUUUUACAUCUUUUUUUUUUAAUAAAGCAAUUUAAAAUGCAUAAGGUGUUCCAGGUCUUAUAUUCUUAAAAAAUAAUAUAAAAACCUUAGCACAAAUAAAUUGCUCAAUACCUAAAAUUUCCUACUAUGAUUAGAAAUGUUGCUGUGGUUGAGAUACAUUCUUGUGAAGAAUUAGUUGAAGUAUUGCAUCUCUUGUCGUGUCUUGUGUUCUUUUAUUCGUACAAGAGGAAGGCUUGGAGGAAGAGUCCUUAAUCUGAAUUGGAACCGUGCCAGUCUGUGAGAAGGAUGAGAUAAUAGCAACAAGAAUUUUACCAGACCAGAUUAAAAUUUACUGUAAUUGCAGUUUACUUGAAUUUAGAAAGUAAGCCAAAAAAUUGCCUGAACACAUUUCCAUUGAUCCAAAACUAUACAGCAAAGACUACAAGUCAUGUGGCCCUAUUGAAGUCCAGUCCAAUCUUUCUUCAUCUGCUUCUGCAAACUCAGUGAAAAGAGAGACCAUUUUGCAGUCUUAGUGCAGAUGAUGAACAAGAACAUAGAUAAAAGGGUUUAAACAGAUAAUGUUACAAAUUAUUGUCACUGCUUAGGUCAGAAAACGAACUGAAAAUGGAAGUAGGAGUGUUCAUCGUGGAUUAAAACAAAAAAACAAGCAAAGAAAUUGGAACAUUUAUUUAAUUAAGUUGUUAGAAAUGUGAAGUUUUCAGCAAUCAUGUUGACUUCUAAACCAGUGGCUCUCAACCUUUCCAGACUGCUGGACUCCUUCAGGAGUCUGAUUUGUCUUGCAUGCCACCAAGUUAUACCUCAUUUAAAAACUACUUACUUUUAUGUCUUAUUUUGUAAGCAACAAAAUUUGUUACUGAAAAAUUGCUUACUUUUUAUUUUUACCAUAAAUUAUAAAAUAAAUCAACUGGAAUAUAAAUAUUGUACUUACAUUUCAGUGUAUAGUAUAUAGAACAUAGUAUAUAGUAUAUAAACAGUCAUCUGUAUGAAAUUUUAGGUUGUAGACUGACUUUGCUAAUGCUUUUUAUGUAACGUGUUGUAAAACUAGGCAAAUAUCUAAAUGAGUUGAUGUUCCCCCUGGAAGACCACUGUAUACCCUCAGGGGUAUGCAUACCCCUGAUUGAGAACCACCGUUCUGAACAGUGCAAGUUAGAAGCUGCAAUAUUUGCUUUUCGAGAGAAAAGUGACAGAGGAAAACCCUGCUAGACUUUAUGAAAAAGUUCCUGCAGCAGUUAUAAAUUGGACAGGCAUCAAAGUCCACCUGAUUUAAAACUGUCCUGUGGGGGAGUGUCAGCUGUGAUAUCCUCAAACUCCAUCAAAGAACUCCAUGAAAUCUCUCAGAAAAACAAUCCCACCCUUCACCUCACCACCCUUUCUCUCUUGGCGUGACAGCCAGACUUCUGAGGAACAUGAAUUGUACAUUUGUUAGUUUUUUGCUGAUGUGAAGUGUUGUUUAGAUACUAUUAACCUUAACGAGAAAGACUAAGUUACUUACAGUUAACUUGUGAAACAAUUGACGUGUUAGUACAGACCUCUUUGGUUUGGGACAAGUGUUUUGCCGUUGGCAAUGUACAGUUUUUCAUUUCUCUGUCUGUUUACGUCAUACACAAUUGGUGUGAAUUGAAGCUAAAUGUUUUUAAACAACUAAA